AUUCUCUCUUCAGGCUCAGUCAUUCCUGACGUGACCCAAGAAGGGGAUGAGAAAUCACACAGCAAUAACAACAUUCAUCUUGCUGGGGAUGACAGAUAACCCAAGAUUACAAAUUCUGAUUUUGAUAUUUUUAUUUUUUACCUACUUUUUGAGUGUGGCUGGGAAUCUGACAAUUAUCAUCCUCACACUUCUGGAUUCCCAUCUUAAAACUCCCAUGUAUUUUUUCCUCCGAAAUUUCUCUUUCUUGGAAGUCUCAUUCACCACUGUCUGUAUUCCCAGAUACCUCUACAGCCUGACAACUGGUGAUAACACUAUUACCUAUAAUGCGUGUGCCACCCAAAUAUUUUUUGGGGUCCUCUUUGGAGCAACUGAAUUUUUUCUCCUUGCUGCCAUGUCCUAUGACCGCUAUGUGGCCAUCUGUAAGCCCUUGCACUACAUGACCAUCAUGAGCAACAAGGUCUGCACUAGAAUCAUGAUCUUCUGUUGGUUUUCUGGCUUGUUAAUUAUUGUCCCACCGCUUAGCAUGGGUCUCAAGCUGGAAUUUUGUAACUCAAAUCUCAUUGAUAGUUUUGGCUGUGAUGUAUAUCCUAUUUUAUUGAUCUCCUGUUCGGACAUAGUUUUUAUAGAAAAAAUUAUUUUAGCUUUUGCUGUGCUAACAUUGAUUAUUACCUUACUGGGUGUGGUUCUGUCCUACACUUACAUCAUAAAAACGAUUUUAAAGUUCCCUUCUGUUCAACAAAGAAAAAAGGCUUUUUCCACCUGUUCUUCUCACAUGAUUGUGGUUUCCAUGACCUAUGGCAGCUGCAUCUUUGCCUACGUGAAACCAAGUAAGGAAGGAGUGUACCUUAACAAGAUCGUGGGCAUACUCACGACGUCGGUGGCCCCUAUGCUUAACCCUUUCAUUUAUACCCUCAGAAACAAACAAGUAAAAGAUGCCUUCAAAAACUCAAUAAAAAUGAUUGCAUUUCACACAAAGAAGUGA